AUGGGCGAGCUGCCGAUGCCUGCGGGAGUUCAUGGACUGUCGGCCAAGGAACAGAUGAUGAAGAAGGUUGCGCUGGUGGUGCUUGUCUUUCAGAACUCGACUCAGUUGCUGCUGAUGAACUACUCGAGGACGCUCAAGGGGCCAUCGUACAUCUCGUCGACGGUGGUGGUCUGUGUGGAGGUUGUCAAGCUCAUCUGCUCCUUUGCUCUCCUCUCGCAUGAGCAUGGUUGGGAUUGGAGUGCUGCAAAGAUCGAGCUCUCCUCCCAGCUGGCCGAUCCUUGGGAUACUUUCAAGGUCGGCGUCCCAGCCUUUAUCUACAUGGUGCAGAACAACUUGCUGUUUGUGGCCACGUCGAAUCUGGACGCUGCCACCACCCAGCUGACGUACCAGCUCAAGCUGAUGACGACAGCGCUGUUCUCAGUCUUUAUCCUCGGCAAGCAGCUUUCGAACCAGCAGUGGCUCGCCCUGGUAGUCCUCACCGCCGGCGUCACGCUCGUCCAGCUUGGGAUCCGCCCGCCGGGCGAGGGCGAGGCCCACUCGUCGUCGGUCCACUACGGCUCACAGCUGACGGGCUUUCUGGCGGUACUCUCAGCGUGCCUGCUCUCGGGCUUUGCCGCCGUGUACUUUGAGAAGAUUCUCAAGGGCUCCAAGGUCUCGGUCUGGAUCCGUAACAUCCAGCUCGGAGCCAUCGGCUCUGUCCUUGCCCUCGCUGGGGCGUAUGUGUCUGACGGAGCGGCCAUUGCCGAGUACGGCUUCUUCCGCGGCUACGGUGCGAUUGUAGUGCUCAUCAUCAUGGUCUACGCGCUUGGCGGGCUGACUGUGGCCGUGGUGGUCAAGUACGCCGACAACAUUCUCAAGGGCUUUGCCACCUCGUUCUCGGUCAUUGUCUGUGCUCUCUUUUCGAUCGUCUUUCUGGGUAUGCAGCCGUCGCUUGUCUUUGCCGUUGGCGCAGCGUUGGUCAUGGCCUCGGUCUCGCUCUACAACUCGUCGCGUGACUACUUUGGCCUCAACGGCGUCCUGGCGGCAGCAGCAGCGGCAGAAGCAGUGGCGACGGGCGGGCGGAGGGCAACGGCCGAGGAGGAGGGCGGGGGGACGGAGCUGCCCGGGGGCGUGACGCCCAACGCGCCUCCGUUGGAGCAGGUCUUUGCCCUCCUCACCUCGCGACACUCGAGCGGACUUGCGCUUCGUCAUGCGGCUGCUCUGGCCAAAGUGGCGAGUGCCAAUGCUGCUGCCGGCGGCUUUCAUCUGAGGGAUCUGCCGCGGCUGGUGCCUGUCUUCGAAGCCGCCGUCACCAACGCCGCCAACGCUUCCGAUGCCAGGCCCUAUGCCGCUCCUCUGAGGGAUCUUCUGGCUCUGGCUGCUCGCCCGCUGAGAGCUGCUGGCGCGUCAGACGAACUCAUUCUGUUUGAUCAUGUCGUGGCUCUGGUCGCCUUUCUGGCCCAUGCUGCCAGCGCCGUCUUUGUCCCUGAUGCCGCGGCGGCGGCUGCCACGGCUCUCGCCGCCUAUGAUGCCGCAGGGAGGCGCGAGGACGGUGAGCCGCUACGCUAUAAUCAGCAUGCUGUCUCUAUAUCUGGCUGCAUCCCGCUCCUGGUCCAGGCUCUGGGCCGCGCCAUGGAGGCCGGCGACGGCGCCGUAGAGACCGUCGACGCCAUCGUGGACGCUCUGCUCUCGCUCUCGUGCUCGCUCCCGUCGCACUGCGCCCAGAUUGCCGAUGCUGGUGGAAUUGCACUUGCCGCGCGACUGUUUGCCGGCUGCGCGCGCGCCCCGGCAAGGUUGGAGGUCCUGGUCGAGCUGGUGUGGAACGUGCUCGAGGCCGUGCCCGAGGCCCACGCCCAGAUGGACUCUGUCGAGGUUCUGGCCGACAUCCGCGGCGUCUUUGCCUCGCUCCUCCUUCACUCGCGUAAGCGCAACGACCGCCAUCUCCGCAAUGAGGUCCUCAUCCUCGCCACACUUCUCGCCAACUCGGGCUAUGUUGACCCGAACGCCUUUGUGGCCGCAGGCUUUACCACCCUCCUCCUCGAGCUGGCUUGCGCCCGCGAGACGGCACGCGUCCCGGCAUCACUCCCGCAGCUCCCGCUGACGGCUCUUGGCUGCACCGAAGAGGACUUUGAGAUGAAGAAGCUGCUGUGGAACCUGGUGCUCUCGACAACGACCACCCCCGACGGUGUGGCGGCGCUCAUCAGCGCCUCCUUUGUCCGUGUUCUCCUCAUGUACCUUGAUCCGGGUGCAGAGCGUGGGACGCUGCUCCAGUGGACGCUUCACCAGCACCGCGAGCUGCAGGUCCUCGCCACCUCGCUGCUCUUCCACCUCGCGGCCGAGGUUCCGGCCGAGUUUGCCGCCGGCAACGGUCCGUCGCUUGUCAUCGACGCCUUUGUGCAGCACCUUGAUGAACCUCCGCCAGCGGCGCUGCGCUCCGGUCUGAGCAAGCUCGUCCUCAACACUGCGGCCCUGUUUGCGACGCAGUACGGCGAGCUCGGCCUUGUUGCUGUCCUCCUCUCCAUUCUCAAGGACGCGACGCUCGAGGUCAAGCUGCGGCGCGAUGCGGCACUCACGCUCUCGGUCCUCACCGCCGAAAACGCAGCGAACCAGGCCGAGUUUCUCCUCGAAGGCGGCAUCGACGCCGUCAUCGCACUCCUCAACUUUGACAUGAGCGACCCUGAGCGCGAGCCCACCAUUGUUCUCGCAGCCAUCGACUGCAUCUGGUCCGCAGUGGUGGGCAUCAUCGAGUCCGAGACACAGUUCUUGCGGGCCGAUGGCGUCUUUGCCCUCCUCGACCUGCUUGACACGCCGAAGCUGCCGGCCGAGAUCACCAACCAUGGCCUCGGUGUUAUCCUCGACCUGCUCGACCAUCCUUACACGGUGGCGUAUGUGCGGAGGUGGCGGUCCGGCCGCGACGCUGAGCGCUCAGUGGCCCAUCUCUUGCUCGAGGCCUGGGAGACGUCGCAGGCCGAGCUGGGCGUGGCGCUCGACAGGCACGGGGUCAUCGGCAACGUGGAUACCCCACUGGCGCCUGUGGCCGUGAGCGAUGACGAUGAAGGCGAGGGUGGAGCGCCUGCCUUUGCCGCGGUGGCACAGUACGGGCGGACUGCGGCCUUUGUGCUCGAGCUCGAGGCGGCCGCGGCGGCCGAGGCAGACGGCGACGGCGGCGACGGCGACGAGGUCUCGCCGGCGAUUGCCGACGUGCGAGCCAACAUGCGGGCCAAAGUCUUUGCCCUCUUUUGCAAGCUCGGGUUUCAGGGCCACACUGGGCUCAGCUGCCGGCACAAGACGGCACUUCGGCUCAUUCUGGAGUACUUUAAGUACAAGGUCGGCGAGGUGUGGACCGAGAUCGACGCCGAGCUCGAGGCUGAGGAGGUGCGGCCCAUUUCGCCAGACCUCACCCGGCUCGGGACCAUGCACGAAUACAUCCAGCAGUCAGCGGUGAACCUGCAGACCGAGCAGCGCGCCGUCGUGGCGCGUGAGCAGGAGCGCGAGCUCAAGGCCGAGGCCGACAUGUACCACAUGAUCAUGGAAAAGAGUCGGCUGAUGCGCGAGGCGGCGGCGGCCGAUGCCGCCGCCGCUUCGGACUCGACCACCGCUCACGACCCCGUCCACCCUGCCCAUGUCGCCGGGCCGGGGGCGACGCUAUCGCCGCGACACGCAAUGCGUCCGCGAUGAAAUUCGUUUAAAGGAAACAACUGCCUG